GUGUGACACUUGACCAGGAAAGGAGCACCUGUUAGCAGGGUCUUCUGGUAGUGGGAGAGCACCACCUCCGCACAGCCACCUCUCACCAGUGGAGUCUGGUCUCAGCCGCCCAUAACUGUCUCCUCAUCUCCAGGAGGCUUCUGCCCUCACCAAGUCGUCUCUACUGCUGAGUUUGUUGUUGUUGUUUUUUCCACACUAUAAGCUGUGGGGGACUUUUGAAGUCCUGACAGAGGCGGAAUGAUGACAGCUGUUGAAUCCCAAAUAACAUACACCAACUCCUAUUCCAUCCACCAAGAGGAGACCUACAUGUCUCAGGAGGAUGAUUGGGACCGGGACCUGCUGCUGGACCCAGCCUGGGAGAAGCAACAGAGGAAGACCUUUACAGCUUGGUGCAACUCCCACUUAAGGAAAGCCGGUACACAGAUCGAGAACAUUGAAGAGGAUUUCAGAAAUGGCCUCAAGCUCAUGCUGCUGCUGGAGGUCAUAUCAGGGGAAAGGCUGCCUAAACCAGACAAAGGCAAGAUGCGCUUCCAUAAGAUCGCCAACGUGAACAAAGCACUGGACUUCAUCUGCAGCAAGGGGGUCAAACUGGUAUCUAUUGGAGCAGAGGAGAUUGUUGACGGAAAUGUGAAGAUGACUCUUGGAAUGAUCUGGACCAUCAUCCUGCGCUUUGCUAUCCAGGACAUCUCUGUGGAAGAGACCUCUGCAAAGGAGGGUUUGCUGCUGUGGUGCCAGAGGAAGACUGCCCCCUAUAGGAACGUCAACGUGCAGAACUUCCACAUCAGCUGGAAGGAUGGCCUGGCCCUGUGUGCCCUCAUCCACAGACACAGACCUGACCUCAUUGAUUACUCCAAACUGAGAAAGGAUGACCCCAUUGGAAACCUGAACACCGCCUUUGAGGUGGCCGAGAAGUUCCUGGACAUUCCCAGGAUGCUUGAUGCUGAAGAUAUUGUGAACACACCCAAACCCGAUGAGAAGGCCAUCAUGACCUAUGUGUCCUGCUUCUAUCACGCCUUCGCUGGGGCUGAGCAGGCUGAGACUGCUGCCAACCGGAUCUGCAAGGUGCUGGCCGUCAACCAGGAGAAUGAGAAACUGAUGGAGGAGUAUGAGAAGCUGGCCAGCGAGCUGCUGGAGUGGAUCCGCCGCACCAUCCCUUGGCUGGAGAACCGGGUGGCCGAGCAGACAAUGCGCGCCAUGCAGCAGAAGCUCGAGGACUUCCGUGACUACCGCCGUGUCCACAAGCCUCCGCGUGUGCAGGAGAAAUGUCAGCUGGAGAUCAACUUCAACACCUUGCAAACCAAACUGAGACUCAGCAACAGGCCAGCCUUCAUGCCCUCUGAGGGCAAGAUGGUCUCGGAUAUUGCAAAUGCUUGGAAGGGUCUGGAGCAGGUAGAAAAGGGCUACGAGGAGUGGCUGCUGACUGAGAUCCGCCGUUUGGAGAGACUUGAUCAUUUGGCUGAGAAGUUCAAGCAGAAGUGCGCCAUGCAUGAGGCCUGGACUUCAGGCAAAGAGGACCUGUUGUCCCAGAAGGAUUAUGAGUCUGCAUCUCUGAUGGAGAUCAGAGCCUUGAUGAGGAAGCACGAGGCCUUUGAGAGCGACCUGGCCGCCCACCAGGACAGAGUGGAGCAGAUCGCCGCCAUCGCUCAGGAGCUGAAUGAGCUGGAUUACCACGAUGCUGCAUCAGUCAAUGCCCGCUGCCAGGGCAUCUGCGACCAGUGGGACAACCUGGGCACCCUCACCCAGAAGAGGAGGGAUGCACUGGAGCGCGUGGAGAAGCUGUGGGAGACCAUUGACCAGCUUUACCUGGAGUUCGCCAAGAGGGCAGCCCCCUUUAACAACUGGAUGGAUGGAGCCAUGGAAGACCUGCAGGACAUGUUCAUUGUCCACAGCAUUGAGGAGAUCCAGAGUUUGAUCACAGCUCAUGAUCAGUUCAAGGCCACGCUACCUGAGGCCGACAAGGAGCGCAUGGCCACCUUGGGCAUCCACAACGAGAUCCUGAAGAUUGCUCAGACCUAUGGCAUCAAGCUGUCGGGAAUCAACCCCUACACCAACCUGAGCCCACAGGACAUCUCCAACAAGUGGGACACUGUAAAGCACCUCGUGCCCCUCAGAGACCAAAUGCUCCAGGAGGAGGUGGCCCGACAGCAGGCCAAUGAAAGACUGAGGCGCCAGUUUGCUGCACAGGCCAACAUUAUCGGUCCCUGGAUCCAAACCAAGAUGGAGGAGAUCAGCCAUGUGUCUGUGGACAUCGCCGGCUCCCUGGAGGAACAGAUGAACAGCCUGAAGCAGUACGAGCAGAACAUCAUAAACUACAAAUCUAAUAUCGACAAGCUGGAGGGAGACCACCAGCUCAGCCAGGAGUCUCUCAUCUUUGACAACAAGCACACCAACUAUAGCAUGGAGCACGUCCGUGUUGGCUGGGAACAGCUGCUCACCACCAUCGCCAGAACCAUUAACGAGGUGGAGAACCAGAUCCUGACCCGCGACGCCAAAGGCAUCAGCCAGGAGCAGCUCAACGAGUUCAGGGCCUCCUUCAAUCACUUCGACAGGAAGAGAAACGGCAUGAUGGACCCAGAUGACUUCCGUGCCUGUCUCAUCUCCAUGGGUUACGAUCUGGGUGAGGUGGAGUUCGCUCGGAUUAUGACCCUGGUUGAUCCCAACAACACUGGUGUUGUAACCUUCCAAGCCUUCAUCGAUUUCAUGACCCGAGAGACGGCCGAAACAGACACAGCAGAACAGGUCAUGGCGUCCUUCAAGAUUCUGGCCUCAGACAAGAACUACAUCACAGUGGAUGAGCUGCGCAGGGAGCUGCCUCCGGAGCAGGCCGAGUACUGCAUCAGCCGCAUGACCAGAUACGUCGGACCCGACGCUCCCCCAGGUGCCCUGGAUUACAUCUCCUUCUCCAGCGCCCUCUACGGAGAGAGCGACUUAUAAACCCAGCUGCCGCUCCUCUCCUCCUCCCUCAGCUUCUACUUCUCCUGUUUGGAGAUUUGAAACCCUUCUGCUGUCCUCCCACAUGCUUCCUUCUAAUCGCAGUUUUCUCUCUUAUUUCUGAACUCCUCCUACUCCUCCACCCUCUAAUCAGCCCCAGGAACUCUUAAGAGAGCAGAGAGCAGAAGACUUUGCUCAAGUCGUAGAAAAUCUGUUGGGACUUUAAGAAAACUUAUUUGAGCAAAACCUGCAGAACACACAGUUGCCUUGAAGAGACUUAUUUUUGAGCAGAGACUCCUGUUCUCGUUCUCUGAUUAUUAUUAUUUUGAUUUUUGUAGAAAGGUAAUUUACGGAAAAUGAUAAAAAGCUGGUUGGUCAGUUGGUUGUAUUUGUGCAGAUGCAUGCUAUGCUAAAGGUUAGAAAUGCUGUCACUGACUGUAUCCCAGAGAAAGACACCUUUCUGUCACAAAGGCUGCACAGCUGCAGACCCGCAUGCCGUAACCCUUGUGCUAUCCUAGGCACUUUAACGUUGGGAGUUGGGUCAUCUAGACCCACUAGACAGUGCUCUGAACAAUUUUUCUUCAAUGAUUUGUGAUCUUCACUGGUGUUCAUGACUUACAUGAAAUCUUUCCACCUUUGUCAUGGUAGGAAUAACAUGUCAAAGGAAGGGUGGGGUCAUCUAAGAUAGCACAAGGGUUAAGACACUAGGGAACACAUGGAGGAAUGAAGGCAAAAAAUACAUGUAUGCGCUGGAGAUGGGAUGCAGGCAGAAAGCAGAGCUCUGUGGGUAAAUACAAAGAUGGCCUGAUGGUGGCUUGGAAGGGCAGAAUGAUUCCCCCAAGUUUUUCUUGUGAAUUAAAUGUGGGGGAGGAGGAGGAGAUAUGUUGAGUAGUGAGAGACAGCAAGACAUCGGGAAAGUUGUGACAAAAAUUAUUGAUGCUGUACGUGGAAAAAGAUCAGGAAAAAAAAAUCAGUGCGGGUCAACUCUGCUGCUCGUGUUUUUAGGCCUUUUUAUUGCAUCUUUGACUGUUCUUUUCACCCUCAUCCUCAGUUCAGUCUGUCCAUCAAAAAAGAUGCAGAAACACCUUCACUUACCAUUUCAAAGUUGGAAUAAAAAAAAGGAAAGUCAUAUAUUUAAACAACA